AGAGCGCGUGUCGCAGUUUCUAACGGCGGACGUUCCUAGUCGCAGCUUGAAGCCAUCGAAACGCGGGAAACCGAUACAAGCAACAAAGAUGAAUUCAGCAGUGAUAUUGGGGUUAUUGGUUGUCACAUGUUCGAAUGUUCUAUCGGCCCCGAUAGCGCACAAUACAGAACAAGAUACUGGAGAAGUGAAAUCUGAUGUUCCGGUAAAAGAGUUAGAAAAUCUUAAAAUGGAAGAGGCAAGUAAGGAGACCGUUCCUGGAAUGCAAAGUGAACAUAUGGAAUUUCAUCGACUUGAUUCCGUACAAGCGAAUGGUGAGCUUGUCUCCAGGUUAGAGCAACAUGCCUCAGCUGAUGCGACGGGAGAUGAGAAGCCUCUUGUACAUGCACAGACUCAGCUAGACUUGCCCGCUGAGGGAGUUCACAAAGUUCUGGUGCAAGAUGGAGCGCACAUUAGCGUGUUGGACGCGACAGCUGCUACCACUAUUGCACCGGAGGAACAAACCACUAAAGUAUUCCACGGCGCAGCUCGUUUAAUCCAACCUGGGUCUGGGACUAACACUCCUCAAAACGGACACACGGCUGUACGACGUGCAUUCAACGCUGACAUUACUAAGGAGACAAAUAAUAAUAUGGAUCACUACUCUGCGUACGCGGGGGUGCAGUACUCGCCGUUAGACAUGGCCGAGUAUGUUUUCUGGACCGGAGACGAGCGGGGCGUGACGACGGCUAUCGAAGAGUUCCUACAAGAAGGAAUGAUGACAAAAGAAGAGGCCAUAGCGUUCCUGCAGGAGAUCAAGUUCAACAUCGAUUACCUCCGCGCUCACUACACGCAGAACAUAAAGGCGGCUGAGGAAAGCGCGCAACAAGAGAAACUGAGAAACUUCAUUAUGGAACAAAACGCUAAGGAAUACCAAUACCAUCAGGUGCCACCCCAGUCGUUUCCGUUCGGUGGAAGCCCAGACAUAAUCCGUUCGAUAUCUGGAAAGACGUGGGACUUGAGUAACAAUCUCGGCGUGAUACCCUCGCUACCCGUCACCAGCGACCUGCGCCCUGAGCCCGUGAAGCGGACUUACGAUCCCGUACUUCAGACCAAUGUCAUAAGCACAUCUGACUACGAUCGUGAGAAUCCAGUGAUCAGCGAAGAGGAGUACGAGGAAAUGAUGGACAAGCUACGGGCGGCCGACACCUUGUACACCGAGUAUACCUUGGAGGAGAUCAUUUACCAACUGGCUAAGAUGAUGUUCUCGCAGUCGCUGGGGCGCGAGGCGGCGUCGGCGCGCGCGGCCACGCAGCGCUUCAUGGCCUUCCUCGAGCUGGAGGCGCAGCGCGGGCAGCUGUCGCGCACCAUACAGAAGAAAGUGCUCGACGUGAUGAUGGCGGCAUUGACAGACACGAUCAACGAUCAUCCUGAACUCCUACAGGCGCGGGAUGGACUUGGCCUGUCUCCUUCUAACCGAAUAAUGCAUCAGUUUUUGGAGACGAGUGCACCAGAACCGAGCGUGUCCCGAGCGAUCCUGGCAGCUUACAAAGACGAACUAUUAAAAGGACCCCCUCUGCAUAAAUUCUCUUUUGCCGAGAGAAACUAAAUCCAACGUAUAACUUCGCAUUUCAAGUCUCCUGCCAUUUGAUUUGAUCUCUAUUUUAGUUUUGCUACAAUUUCCUUAGGAAAUUUAUACAUUACAUAAUGCCAAAAUGUAGUACGUAAGAUUCAUUUGAGCUUUUGAAUGGUUAAAAUACUAUAAAAAAUAUAGCCGAUUAUUAUUAUCGUAAGAAAUAACCAAUAUUGCUUGUGACAAAUAUGUCAUACUUAAUAUUACUUAUUUGUAUGUAAUAAGGUACCUGAUGAGAAAAAAGUCGGUUUCGUUUUACAUCUAUUGAUUUAAUGUAAUCAAUAUUCGAGAUACAUUCUCAUAUUCAUUUUUAAUGAUUAAUUCAUUUAUUACUUUAGUAGAUGAAAUAUAAUUAUAAUCUACAUACAUAAUUACUAAAAAUUUUAGACCAUUUUAUAAGAAUCGGUAAAAAAAUGAGAAAUAAGAUAUUUACAGAUAAGCAAUUUCAUAACUGGGUGCCGAAACCUUUGAAAAAUCGAUAAUCUAUUUAAAUGGAAUUCACAUCACUAACUGUAAAAAACACAAUUAUUUGUUGAAAGAUGUUUUCUUUUUUGUAAACCAAAGUGGCU